GGAUGUAAUUGUGAAAUGACAACUUGUUUGUUGGUGUGCGCUCGGUCUUAUUAAUAUUCAGCUCAGGCUCCGUUCUCGCAUUUAUUAAUAUUCAGCUCAGGCUCCGCCCGCCUGUUUAUUAAUAUCCUUUCCCACACCCCCACCCCCGCCCCACUCUCUGUCAUGGCGGCAUUUGUGCUGAGUCGAUUGCGGGGUCUGGUCCGUGUGGGAAGCGCCUUAUGGCGGCAGCUACCCUGGUCUCUUCAUUCUGUGGGAUGCCGUAAGAAAUCGACCAAAUACCUAACUCGUCCAGAUCAACCUAAAUUAGCAUAUCAAAAAAUAAAAGGCAAAAGCCCAGGAGUCCUUUUCCUGCCUGGUUUUGCCUCAACAAUGAAGACACAGAAAGCAAUGGCACUUGAGGAUUUCUGUAAAUCACUUGGCCAUUCAUUUGUAAGGUUUGAUUAUACGGGAUGUGGUGCUUCUGAAGGAUGGUUUGGUGAGAGUACAGUAGGACAAUGGAAGAAGGAUGUUUUGGCUGUACUUGAUGAGCUCACAGAAGGACCACAAGUUGUGGUGGGUUCCAGUAUAGGUGGAUGGCUGAUGCUCCUAGCUGCAUUAGCACGCCCAGAUAAGAUAGCUGCGCUAGUUGGCAUAGCCACAGGGGCUGAUUAUUUGGUCAGUGCUUUCAAGCAGCUUCCUUUGGAGACGCAGAAAGAAAUCGAAACAAAAGGUGAAUGGUAUAUGCCAAACAGCCACAAGGGUGCAGGAUUUCACAAGAUCCCUUACAGCUUUAUUAAAGAUGCUGAAAAUCACUGUGUGUUGCAUAGUGCCAUUCCAAUAACCUGUCCUGUGAGGCUUAUUCAUGGUUUGAAGGAUGAUCAUAUUCCUUGGCAGGUCUCGCUGAAUGUGGCCGAAGUUGUUCUUGCGAAGGAUGUUGACAUUAUCCUUCGCAAAGAUAGUCAGCAUCGAAUGAAUGAGAAAGACGAUAUCAAAUUAAUAGUAAACACAAUCGACGAUCUUAUAGACAAACUUACGACAAUGGCCUAAAUGGCUAGAGUUAGAAUUGGUGACAUAGAUGUAUAUAAUUAACAGUACACUGAACCAAUGGAAGCUGUCUACAUCGCCACUUCCUGUGAUGUCAGUACUUUAUGCUGAAUCAUUUUGAACAGGUGUUUUUGGAGUAUGUACCUGAGAGCAAAAAAAUCUGUUAUCAUCAACAGAAAAUGAUGCCAACAUUUUGGUGAAUGUCCAACAUGAGGCAUUGAAUUAUCACAUGCAAUUUGAGCAGUAAACACUGUGUAACAUUUAACCAGUUAGUAAAGAUGUACUGAUAAACCUGCUCCUUUUUGCAGCUGUACUAAAACUUGCUGCUGUACAACGAUUUUAAUUUUCCAUUUUCUGGUCACUUAAAUGUGUGUGCCUGAACUGUAUGCCUCACAUGUGAUUAAUAGGAUAUGUCUCAAAACGCUGUAUUUGUACAUAGAUAAUGUUAGGUAUGCUAGCAGUCUCAAUCAGAAGGCUCCUUACUAUUGCCAGACAUGUUUGCCAAUUACAAUUCAGUAUUAUUCAGUAUUAUAUUUCUCUGAUCUUGUGUACAUAUAAUAUUUUGAUAAAGUAACCUUAUGUGACUGACUUCUAUAAUAUCUAUGCUGUAAGUUUCAAAAUUUGCAUUGUAUAAUAGUUGUGUUUUCUGCUACAGUAUGCUAGGAACACCCAUGAAAAAAAAACUGGUAAUGCUGGUAUCCUGUAAAACUGAUUUUAGAAGCUGCCUGAAAAACACUCAGUAUUUCAUAAAUUCUUUAUUGGAAAUGUGCAUUAGGUUGGUGCCUCAUCAGGAGUGUUAUAUUGAGGAACUACUGAAUUGAGAGGAAAUAUUUUAUCCUAAUGGAUUCUCUGUUCCAUAGUUUAGUAGUUUUAUGAAAACUCUCGUGUAACAUCAAAUAUUGCAGCAUAACAUAUCGCCUGUAUUCAAAGGCUUAGAUUCUGUUUUUUACCCGAGUACAGGUAAGUAAACAACUCAAGGGUUACCCAUUGUUUCACUUUGAUUGAAUAGUCUUCAUUGUAAAACUGUCAGGUCAGUCCUGAAUGCAAGUAUUUUUUUCCUCUGUGUAUUUUUCAAGGACCUCUUGUUUCAUAACUUAAUAGAUAGUAAUCAAUGCCAUUUUAAGCACAUUGUCAAAAUAAUAAUUCAGUUUGUUUAUAGUUUAGAUUUAGCAAGUUUAUUGUUACAUCUCCCUGGUAAUUAUGAUGUUUUGCUACUAUUUUCAAAUAAUUAAACUGGAGGAGAGACCUCUGAGUUGCACUGA